AUGGUGUCAUCAGAACUAUUGUCGAGCAACAAGACCGCUCAAAUAUUACUUGCUGCUGAGGAGGGUGGCUAUGGCGUCCUGGCAGCGAUAGCGUUCGUCAAUCUGAGGCAUGAUAUCUGCCCAACUGCCACUGACAACAUCAGAUACAACAUCGAACAGAUACUCGGAUUGAUCAAAGCUGCAGAAUCAGCUCGAGCGCCAUUGAUCCUCCAGUUCUUCCCAUGGGCUAUUACAUUCAGUGAUGGUUUACUUAUACAUACCGCUGCCAUGGCUGCUAAGAAGGCCACUGUUCCUGUGGCAAUCCAUCUAGACCAUUGCCAGAACGAGGACAUGGUCCGCCAUGCUGCCGAUCAUCUGCCCUUCGAUUCCAUCAUGGUCGAUAUGUCUCAUCAUGAGAAAGCAGCGAAUUUGGCCAAGACCAAGGAGCUCGUGGCUUACUGUCAAGAACGUGGCAUUACGACAGAAGCCGAGCCCGGACGCAUCGAAGGUGGCGAGGACGGCAUCGCUGACACUGCAGAUCUGAGCGGCCUCCUCACCACCCCUGAGGAGGUCGACGAGUUCAUCGACACUGGCGUCGAUUUCUUGGCACCGGCUUUUGGUAAUGUUCAUGGUGAGUAUGGAAAGCGCGGUCCUCAGCUAGAGUACGGUCGUCUAGAUUCGAUAUACGCAUCAUGCAAAAAAAGAAAUAUCAGAGUCGUCCUACAUGGAACAAACGACUUUCCAGAGGAGGUAAUUUCCAAGUGUAUCAAAGGAGGCGUCUCGAAGAUCAACGUCAACAAGCUUGUACUAGACGACUAUAACGACUACCUGCGGGCGUCCGCGUCCAAUACCAGCAUCACGAAACUCAUGGAGGAAAGCGUUGACAAAGUUGCGAAGCUGACCGAAAUCUGGAUCGAACGGUGUGGUGGUUCUGGCAAAGCGUAG